UUAUUGAAGGGGAGAGGGUGCAAGUUGAGUCAAUGGUGUCAAGUGGUGAGUGCGUUUGUUCUGGUUGGAGGUGAAAAAUUGAGUUGACAGUAAUUUAACGAGGAGAUUGGGGUGUUUGGGGCAUUGAUGAUCUGGGAAUGGUCAAUAUUUCUGGAUUUUUCAUCAUUAUUGGUUGGAGACUGGCCUUUAUGUGGUGCAUCAGACUAUAACCUUCAAAAGGGGCUGCCAAAUUGAAGUCGUUGAUGAUUUUCAGGGUCUGACUAAUUGACCAUUUUGGGAAAUUAUUGCUAGAAUAAUGGUGAUUCAGUCAUUACCUGCUUCUGUUCGACCUUAUCUCGAGGCAUACAUGCAAUGGAUCACCACAAAGCCCCAGGUCAUUUCGGAUAUCGAGAGCACUGUGAGAUGCUUGUCGUAUUUUACCGCAGGACGCUUUGGCAGCUCCUCGUUGACGUCCGAGCUCAUCUAUUCCGUGCCAAAUCUCCUAAUCCUACUCAACGAUCACCUGUUAUAUACCGCCAAAUACACACACCUGAAUCUCCCUCAAUUCCAGUCACAAAUAAAGAUAUGGCUGACCAUAAUCGAAUACACAGAGGCCCUGAUCGAAGUUGGGGCCAAGAAGCUGUGGGGUGAGAGGGGAAAAUGGCUCCUGAUAUUGGUAGUACAACUCUUCAAGUCUGUGAUGCGAUUGAUUCUAGUCCAUCACGAUAAAGAGCGAAUUACUAUAACCCCUAUUCCUCCCCUGAACCGAGAAAAAUUGAGUUCGUUGACAUUCAUGACCCUUGGAAAUCUAGCUGUUCCAUUGCAACAUUCAGUAGGAUUCCGGUUAGGACGUUCAGGGACUUUUGUGAGGAGUGUAAACGCAUCUGGACCCAUUCAAUCGAGAAUAUGGGCACCACUCAAACCAGAAAAUGAAGACACUGUGACAGAAUCUCCUGUUACAAAAAGAAAUCUCCUGAUUGCUGAAACUUUGUACAUCAUGAAACCAAUAAUCCACCUGACGACCUUCGUGAUGAAAGGGAAUAAGAAUUGGCUUCCCUGGGUAACAGCCCUCACCCUCGACCUAGUCAGCCUCCACUUGAUAAGCAAGGAAACAAAACACACUGUCUACACGAAAGAAGAAAAGGAGGAGAUUACAAGACGCAGGAUAAGUCUUCUCCUUUAUAUUCUGCGAUCGCCCUUCUACGAUAGCUGCAGCAAAGCCCGAAUUUUUGCUCUCCUCGAUGGACUAUCAAAUAAUAUACCCCUCGCCCGUUUUGUGGCGGAGCCCAUCGCCAAAUACUUGCCUCACUGGCAGAAAACUUAUUUCUACAUGUGGUCACGUUAAUUAUUGCCAGGUCACAGAUUCAUUGACUUCCAUCAGGGCACCGGCUCCAUUUGACUUAUUCUAUAUAAUUAAGGUAGGCAAGACUUCUCGUUAGUGAAUAUUCUUGGGAGAAUUUAAUUGGUGUCUUGGCGUCGAGGAAUUAUUUUUCUAUAUAUUGCUGGAAAAUUGUGAAAUACGGAAAAAAUAUCAAAGCCUUGGCCCAUUUUUUGAGAAUACACAUUUUGGGAAUUAUGAAUUUAUCUCGAAAUGAUCAAUUCAAAUAUCAAGUGAAAUUCUGCUUGUCUCACUUCCAGAAUUUACGUCGAGAAAUCUCCGUAAAAAAUACGGUAAGAGAAUAGUGUUAAAGAAAAGAAAAUUUCAAUAAGAUUUUCUAUUGGAUAUGUUUUAUUUUUCGGUUGAUUUAUUCUGUAAAUAAUCACAAGGAAAUUGAGAACAUUUCGUGACUGGAGUUAGGCCUUCGGACUAAAG